AUGCCCCCCGACACGCCACCUUGCCAGCCACGUCCUGCGGGCUACGGAAAAGCGUGCAGCAAUUGUUUCCGCGCCAAGUGCAAAUGCAUCCUGGUCUCGGCGGACGGUCCGUGUGAGCGCUGCGGCCGGCUAGGAAGAGAAUGCAAACCAAUCCGCCGCGGCCGGAGGGACGUGGCAGCGAGGCUCACCGUCGCCAGGACGGCGGAGCUGGAGCAGCAGCUGGCCAGCCUCGAGGCCUUGCUCCAGGCCACGCCAGAGGAGGGAUCGCAGCAAGGGCGGCAGGAGAGUGGGAGCGCGUCGCCAUUCCGGCCGAUUUGUCCGAGUACGAUGGAACAGGAGGCCUUGUCCGACAAUGUGCCAGGGCGGGGAAGCGAAUCGGUUGAGAUGGAGCUAGAACAGGACGCGAGAUGCACGGCAAAGGGCAGCCCUUGGGCUAAUCUGCUGCCGACUGGGAAAGAAGCCCAAGAUCUCUUAGCCAAGUUUCGUGCCUGGUUGCCCAACUUUCCGUUUAUGCAUCUCCCGGCCUCUACGACAGCCGCCACGCUAUGCGCAGACAAGCCGUUCCUAUGGCUUUGCAUCACGACAUUGACCUGCAUGUCCAACUCGCAACAUCGAAAAUUACGGGAUGUUGUCCGUCGCGAGUUAUCCGAGAGAAUCAUUAUCAAUCAUGAGCGAAACAUUGACCUGUUGCUGGGCCUGAUUGCCUACCUGGGCUGGUCAUGUCUUAAUAUCAGACCGGAAUUCAAGCCUUUUAUUGUCUUGUAUACGCACUUGACUUCGCUCAUGGCGAAUGAGCUAGGUUUGUUACGGCCGGACAACGACGAGCACUUUACAUCAAUGCGAUGGAAGUCGUGGGACCCCAGCCAAUACGUGCCCACGAUACGGACCAUGCAGGAUAUCAAAGCAGCGCUGGCUACCUGGUUCUUGACCUCUCUUGGCAAUUCCUUUACCACGCGAAUAGAUACACUGCCGUGGACUCCCUACCUCGACGAAUGUGUAGAGUCCAUUGAACGCUCGGACGACCAAGAAGGAGGCGACGUGCUCAUUACGCUCGUCAAGAUACAGAGGGUCCUAGACGAAGCGAAUCAAUCUCUACGGUCUGGCAUGACGUGUGGUGGCAGAAAAAAGGCCAACACACAGUAUGUUCAAAGUCUCGUACGUGGGCUGCUACAGCCAACGAUAACGUCCGAAACGACAGAUCUUCUUCAGCUGCAGCUCAGCGCGGCCGCGGUUCACAUCCAAGCGAUGGGCGUGUUCCAGGCCGACAAACCGUCCCCCCUGCAGAGCGUCGAGUCCAUGUGGUCCUGCGCCGCGCACGCAAAGGCCUUCUUCGACGCCUUCUUCGCGAUUCCCGCCGCCGACUUUGCCGGGCUGCCCUUUUACGUCCACUUCGUCCAAGCCAGCGUGCAGCUGGUCGUGUACCGCCUCACGCUGGCGAACCCGCGCGUGUGGCGGAGCGAGGCGGUCCGCAAGCAGGUCGACAUCCUGGACGUGCUGGACCGCUCGAUUGCGCUCGUGGGCGACGUCUCCAGGGUGUACGUCAUGACGGACGAGGACCUGUACGGCAACGUGUUUCGGAGCGGCGCCAGGUACCUGCACAACCUGCGCUGUGCCUGGCAGUCGACGCUGGAAGGGGAGGCGCCUGGGCAUCUGGUGCAGGGCUCGCAUCAGGGCACCGGGCAUGGGCCGUCGAGCGCAACGGAGAUGGCGCAUGCUCUGAUGUUUCCGGGAGGAACAGGCCUUCAGAUGUCGGAAAGGUCGUGGAUAGCGGAGAUACUUGGUCUUUGGCAGAUAUAG